GAAACAUUUUGAGAAUACCACAAAAUCUGCAACACAUGGUCCGUGAACAUAAUGCCACAGCACAGACAUUCUUCGAAUCGGCCAGAAUAAAUGAUUUGCUACAGAAGGCCGCCAAAAUGUUGUUAACCUCACAGCAGGUUAAUGUCGAUGGUGUAGGCAUCAGGCAUGUAACAACGGGGAAGGGUAAAAAUGCACGUCACCUCAUCGAAUUUUCAAUGGGACAACAGAUGUGGACCCAAACAAUGCCAGCCAAAACCUAUUCCAAACUCUUGCAAUCCAUUAUACCUCAACAUCAAUUAAAAUUUGUACGUACCUUUAAAACAGAUCGUUCCAUAGCCGCUGAAUUAAGACGUAAUCCAACAGUGGCAUCACGUCUGCGUACUGCCUUCAGUGGUAAUCCUCAAAAAUUUGAUAGUGAACUGAGCAGUAGUUCGGAAACGCUAAAGAGAUUAUUGGAAAAAUCUUCCGAAGGUGGUCCUGAAAAGAAUAUGGAAAACAGCAUAAAAGUCGCAUUUGCCGAAGGCUAUUUGGCAGCAGCAAAUUCAGAAGAUCAUCCAAAAUCUGGCAAAACCAUGAAGUAUUUAAAGGUUUUUCAGCAAUUGUUAGUCAUCGUUGUAUUUAUUGGACUAUUUGUAAGUCUGUUCUCUUCCUCGAAUGGUUCCAUGUUUCGCAUCCAGUUGGGCAAUCAAGUGGAAGUUGAUCCCGAAGAAAUCCAUGUCACCUUCGAAGAUGUCAAGGGUUGCGAUGAAGCCAAACAGGAAUUGAAAGAAGUUGUAGAAUUUCUAAAAAAUCCUGAAAAGUUUUCCAAUUUGGGUGGUAAACUACCCAAGGGUGUGCUAUUGGUGGGUCCACCUGGUACUGGUAAAACUUUGUUGGCCCGUGCUGUGGCCGGUGAGGCAAAUGUACCAUUUUUCCAUGCCGCCGGUCCAGAGUUUGAUGAGGUGCUGGUUGGUCAAGGUGCCCGGCGUGUGAGGGAUUUGUUUAAGGCCGCCAAACAACGUGCUCCCUGUGUUAUAUUCAUCGAUGAAAUUGACUCGGUUGGUGCAAAACGUACCAACUCCGUUCUGCAUCCCUAUGCAAAUCAAACCAUUAAUCAGUUACUCUCCGAAAUGGAUGGUUUCCAUCAAAAUGCUGGGGUUAUCGUUUUGGGUGCUACAAAUCGUCGUGAUGAUUUAGAUCAAGCUCUUUUGCGUCCUGGUCGUUUCGAUGUGGAGGUUGUUGUUAACACACCCGAUUUUACUGGACGAAAGGAGAUCAUAACACUGUAUCUCUCGAAAAUUUUACACGACGAAAUCGAUUUGGAUAUGUUGGCUAGGGGUACAUCAGGUUUUACUGGUGCCGAUCUAGAGAAUAUGAUUAAUCAGGCUGCACUGAGGGCGGCGAUUGAUGGCGCAGAAACUGUAACCAUGAAACAUUUAGAAACUGCACGUGACAAGGUACUAAUGGGACCCGAACGUAAGGCACGCCUACCCGAUGAAGAAGCCAAUCUCAUUACGGCUUAUCAUGAGGGUGGACAUGCCAUUGUGGCCUAUUAUACCAAGGAAUCCCAUCCAUUACACAAAGUCACAAUUAUGCCACGUGGCCCCUCACUGGGACAUACCGCCUAUAUACCCGAAAAAGAACGUUAUCAUGUUACCAAAGCUCAACUGCUGGCAAUGAUGGAUACCAUGAUGGGUGGUCGUGCCGCCGAAGAGUUAAUCUUUGGUGCAGAAAAAAUUACCUCAGGAGCUAGUAGUGAUUUGAAACAGGCAACUUCCAUUGCUACACACAUGGUUAAAGAUUGGGGUAUGUCGGAAAAAGUUGGUCUACGUACAAUUGAAUCGAAUAAGGGCAUGUUCCCCAAUGAAACACUGGGACCCAACACCGUUGAGGCUGUUGAUGCUGAAAUUAAACGUAUUCUAAAUGAGAGCUACGAACGGGCAAAGGCAAUCUUACGGAAACAUGCCAAGGAACACAAGGCCCUGGCCGAAGCCUUACUGAAAUAUGAGACUUUAGAUGCUGAAGAUAUUAAGGCGAUUAUGAAGGAUUCGCAAUAGUA